AUGAUCAAGCUCCAGGAACUUGCCCCCACGGCCUCGAAAUACGACAGCUUCGCGACCGGUCUUGACAAGAUUAAGAAGCAUCUGGUAGCGCAGCUCAACGAUCUCCGCUCCCAGGUGAUCAAGGAAAUCUGCAUGACCGUUGGCGUGCUGGCUCAGUCGCUCGCCGAAGAUUUCGACUCGUUCGUGGGCUUGUUCUUCCAGCCGCUGCUACGACUUACUGGAGUGAAGACCCUCGUGAUGUCGCAAGCUGCGCACGACUCUCUCCUCAAGGUGAUGGAGCACGCCUCUCCCGCGGCUGGAGUUGAGGCAGUCUUAAGUCAGGCCACCACUGCCAAAGGCCCCAAGGAGCGCGCUCGCUGCAUGGAAUACCUCUCCCUUCUCCUCGAUCGUGCCGCAACAGAAUCGCUGGAGCGGCACAGGGACUCAAUCGCCUCAACCAUCGUUGCAGGCAUGAGCGACGCAUCGCCUGAGGCCCGCUCUCAGGCGCGCGCGUGCUUCCAGCAAUUCGCGGGGCACUGGGAUGACCGCGCCGCAGCACUGAAGGAGACUCUCGACUCUUCCAUUCAGCGUGCUCUCGCUCGUGAUGCACAGGCCGCGGCCUCCAAGAAGAAGUCCCUCGCCGACUCCAACACUGCGACCAAACGACGGGCGGCGACGGCUGCAGUCAAGCGUGAGCAGCCCGAGAGCUUGAAGGCGCGCAUCCAACAGGCACAACGUGUUUCCGUCCAGACCGACACGGCCGUACCCCAGGACGUGAUCCUCGUGGAGCAUCGGCCGCCCGUUCGUGUGCUCGUUCCUGAACCCAAGGCGCUGCCGCCAACCCCUGCGAUCCGAAUCCCUGUGGAACGCAGCGAGGAGACCGCAGUCGUUCCCCUUCUCGCCGGCGCGGAACGCAUCCCCGCUCCUCCGACCACGCCUCUGCACCAGGGCACCUCGACCCAUCGGCCUUCGCUGCUGCUCUCCGAACAAGGACCCAAACGCGCCCACCAGGCCCACACGCCCGCGGUCGACGUACCGGGCGAUGGCGAGCUGGGCUCGGCUUCUACUGCUGCACACAGCAAGGCCAAACGCGUGCGCCUUGCCCGCAUUCCCGCCCACAAGACGGGGACCACCGAUUCGCGGAGUCACCACGCCCAGCAGCCCUUUGCUCGUCACGCGGCGGGCACAAGAGCGCCGUCCACUCCUCCUGCGAAAAGGAUCGCAGCGCCUCUCAGCACCGACUGGGAAGCCGAGUCCGGCCACCUCACAGCCCCCAUUCCGAUGCUCUAUCUUGUGAAGGCGAAGCAGCUGGAAAACGAACUUCCUCCUAGCGCUUCGCCACCGGUGGAGCUCGAAAAGGUGGUGCCCGGUCCAUCGGCUUCCGUAGAGCCGAUGAAUAUCGAAGAGGACCAAACCGGCUUCGCCCCAGGCCCCGCAGACGACGAGCCGGCGUUCGACGUGAGUCCCCACAAGGCAGUCUUCGAUGCUGCGUUGGAUAUCCUGGUCCAGCUGCCUGCCGCAGCACCUCUCGAAGAAGCGGUUCACCAGGCGAGGGCUAGCCUCCAAGAAUCCGCGCAGGACUGCAUCGAGCGCACUUUGACCUGCAUCGUGAUAGCUUCCCCGGUCGGACUGUUGGCCAUCGACGAAGAUCGUCAGUACGUCUUCUCGGUCAUGCACCAGAUUCUGCUGCUCCUGCCUCGCGUCGUUGAACUCGACGUCACAAGCCUUCACACCCUCAUUUCCGCCGUGCUUACGGGGAUGGACGACUCCCGCGUUGAGGUUCGGAAGGCGUCGACGGACGUGGCGGCGGUGUUGUGGGUCAAGCUCGGGGACGCCGUGCUGCCCCUUUUCUCUCGUCUCUCCCCGUUGGCCUCGCGCAUGCUCUCGCAGCGCCGCGACCAGGCCCACGCAACCCUACUCUCCGUCUCUGCCGCCGCCAGCUGA